AUGACGACAAUUUUUAUAUUCAGCAUUUGCAUUAUUAUAUUUACUAUUCUGUUAGGAAUUCUAUUUGACAAAAGGAGAACAAAAGCGCAUAAGAUAAAAACAGAUAAUAAAACUAAGCGUAGAAGUACAGAAUUACCUAAACAGAAAAAAAUGACAGCCAUUAGUACUAAUAAAAAUGCUUCGAUUACAAAAACAGCAAUAAAUAGCACUCCACAUUCUAUGUUCGAUAGAUGUGUUGCUUCUUUAAAGGGAAACAACUAUCCUGUGAGUGUAUGCGUAAAUGGAAAAUAUGGCAUCAUUGCGGUCAGCUGUAACAAUGGCAACUUACAAGUUUAUAAAAUUAAAAAGGAAGGGACGAACAACAUUAUUUUAACGAAAAAAUUAGAUGAAGUGUUUAGCUGCAUCGAUAUAGAUAAAGAUGCAUGUCAUUUAAUUGCUGUUAGUGAGUUAUAUUCGACAUUAAGGAUAUUCAAAAUAGAGACAACCGAAAAUGGAAUCAAAAACCUACACUUAACAUUAAAUGGAAGAAAAGAAUUACAUAAAAGAAAUGUCAAAUUUCUCUAUGUUCAUAAUAAUUCUUUUAUUCUUACGGGAGCAGAGUUAGAUGACACAGAAGUAAAACUAUGGAAUAUGAAAGGAGAGCUUUUAAAAACUUUAAGUAUUAAACAAGUAUACAAUCAUGAUUAUGCUAUAUCCAAAACGCCAAGGUUUUUCGGUGUUGCCUGUUGGUCAGCUGAUAUUAAAGUAUUUGAGAUAAAACUAAAAGAAAAUGUAUUUCAAAAUAUAGAGAAAGUUAUAGACUUAAAAACUAAAUCAGGGACAAAAUGUUUAUGUUUUAGUAAUAAUGAAGAAAAAGCAUUUCUUAUUGACAAGAAUGGAAUUUUAGCAGUUUAUAACCUGAACAUACGAUAUAAGCUGCAAGAAGAGUCCAAAAUUUUGUAUCAAAAGGACCUCAAGGAAGACAAUUUUGAGGAUUUUUCAAGAAUUUGUAUGUCUGGUGAAGCCAACCAUUUAAUUGUAAUUUCUGGUCUUCAUUUGAUAAUUCUGAAGCAGGAAAAUUUACAAAUCGUAAAUAAAAUAAUUAAUGCUCAUGCGUGUGAAAUUUUUGGGGUCCUCCCAAUUCCUGAUUCUUCCCUUUUUCUUACAUGGGCAAAUGAUGGCUACAUAAAAUUAUGGAAUAUAUCAAAGAUAUAA